AUGACUGUAAAAGGCGGUUUCACCAGUGCGGGCCAGCCAGGCCCUGACAGUCAGCAUCAGCAUCAGGAGCCUGCGUCUGGGAAUAUGCCUUUCCCUAUGGCCACAGCUGAUCUCCAAUCUGACGCUUCCUCAUCUACUGUCAUUGCCCACGCAGACUCGCACCGGCAAAGCCACAGUUCUUCCAAGUUGCCUGCUUUCCGCUUCACUGACCGGCGAAGCAGUAGCUGUGGAAGCGUGCCCCUAGCUAAUAGGGGUGACCCCCUGUCCCUUAGCAGCAGCAACCAGCACAGCAAUAACAGAAACCAAAAUCUCGAUUCGAGAAACAAUAACAAGGACGACCGCACCAGCGAUUAUCUUGACCACAAACCAGCUACAUCCGCAACAGCAACGGCAUCAGCCUCAACACCAACCUCACCACUCGCCAAUACUUUGGAUAGCGCAUCAGCGGCGCUUCCUCUACAGUCUUCAAUUGUGCCGUCGAUUGUCUCACCCAAUUCAGACCCCAGCACUAUUACUCCGACUGUCUCAGUAGCCCCGACCACAACACCACCUGCAUCAGCAGACCCAGGCCCAGUCUCCCCCCCGAGCGCUGCUGUUAGUGGACCAUUGACAGCGCCGGACCCCGGCACAGCACCAGCAACUCUCGCGACGACCCAUUCUCACACUUCUCACCCGACAACGCAUCACCGCGACGAAAAACACGCUGUCUCUGCAUUAACAUCUGCGUCUGCGCCUGCAUCUGCAUCUGCGCCCACAGACCCAUCGACGAACACGGCAAACUCAUUCUCGCAGCCUAACGAAUCCGACACAACGCUGCUCUCACAAAACAAUUCCAGGACGUCCUCGGUUCAUCCAUCGUCAUCGGUGAUCCAACUCUCGCCUGGGGUUAAGCGUCCCGCAUCUUUUGACGUACAUGCACCUGACGCGAUCUCCCCGCACCCUGCUCCUCCAACCUCCAAGUCUCGGACUCGGCGACCACUGGUGUCGCGAAGAUCGACUGCUGGCACCUCUUCCACUGGCCCGCCACCUUCUUUGAACUCUGAGCGCCUGCAAGCCAUCGAAGCCGCCCAGGAAGGUCAAUCCACUUUGCCCUCCUCAAGUGACAAUUCACCCCAGCAAUCGCCAUCUGGCCAACGCGAAUUAAUUUUGCCCAAAACGCUGUCCAGAACCAACUCAGAUGAGAGGCGAGCAUCUGCCUCCCAUCGCCCUCCCGUUUCAUACCGACCGCCUCUCACCUCCAAGAGUAGCACUGAAUCGUCGCCGUCAACCGCUGUUCGUGUUCCCCCAAUUCGAUCUUUCCGAUCUUCAGGCUCCCGUAAGAGCCUCACUCUCGAUAUGAAUUCGAGGCCGCGCUUCCACGACUCUGGCGACGAAGUCGAAGACGCCAAUCAUGACCGUACCCUGCGCGCCUUGGAGGGCAGGGGUAAUGACGAUGCACUUCGGUCAGCUCCUUUAGCCUCAAGCCGCCGUGGCGCCUUCGACAAUGAAGAUACCGGCGACGUUUUCCUUAAGAUUGCCAGGGAGGAAACUUCCCAGCGUCAAACAGAUGAGCAAUCCCAAGACGAUACCCGCAGCGUACUGUCCCGAGCGACGCGAUUUACGCAUCGAAGACCUUUAUCCUCAGUAGUCCCUAUACAUCAGCCUAUUUCGCCUCCUAGGGUUCGGCGCCGGCUUUCUGAUCAACAAGACACUGCGAGGUCACGGUCAAAAGGCUACGAAGACGACCGGCCCACUGAAGUUUCUCGCAUGUCAACUUAUCGCACGCUGCCACGAGAAAAAGCAGCAUCAGCACAUCCUGGAGAAGAUACAGGACGUAUGCGAGGCUCGACCUCAACCAUGCGCCCGUCCCCCGUCACACCUCGAUCGAUAGUUUUUCAGGAACCUAGUUCCGAAAACUCCAUGUAUUCUCGCCGGAGAUCCUCCAUCACGGACAACAAUGUAAGUGGACAAAAUCGAGGCUCUGCGUACAAAUUCAUGGGCCAUGGUCACAACAAGACUUAUAAUUCCUCCCCUCUGGUCCGGUCAUUCGAUUUCCAGCGUCAAGCAAAUCAGGAGGCUGGCAACGGGGCUGAGGGAACGGAAUCGACUUUAUCAAAUACAGCCCCCUCCACGGUAUGGGAUGAACUAGACGACCUCAAAUCAAGAAUACAUCGACUGGAACUGACUGGUAAGCUGCCUUCGACUUCCGGCGCCGCAGUAUCGAGAUUAUCAGACGACCGACCGCCAACGGCGACUACUACAGCAACGACUAUGUCUUCUUCCCCCAAGCGAGUUGAGAAUGGCCGUCAGAACACGAAUGCCGACGCCGUUAGCACCACGUCCUCCCACCGAGAGUCACAUUCCAUCCUUCAAUCCGCUCUUGCUAAGUCCAAGGUUCUACUCGACACGGAAGUUUACCAGGCCUUGGAGUCUGCUGCUCACGAUGCCAUGGCCCUCGCUUCCAUGAUGGGAACGCCCGGCCUACCUGGACCCAUUUCUAGCGGCGCCAGCACGAUAGGCUCUAACGCAACUGUUACUGAUCGCCAACUGAGACGAAAGGCCGAGAGUGUGUGUCGCAGCUUAACAGAGCUUUGCCUCGCAUUGGGUGAGGACGCUACCCAGACACGUAUACCGCGGCAGUCAAUUGAAGUCCCACCACUUCCUCAGAAUGACGCGCCCACUACACCGACGAUUGGUAAAAUCUUUAGUGGCUUUUCUCAACGCCGACAGAGCAUUGGGAGAAACGAUCCGAGUGCCACCAAGGAACAUCUUACCAGCCCCAGAACUCUGUCCAAAUUUGAAGAGAGGAGACUCAACAUUCUCAAUGGUAGUUCUCUACCUACUACUUCACGUGUGUCCAACUCGAUACCAUCGACACCGAUCGAGCCGAUGUCGAACCGACGCUCUUCUCUUUUGGUUUCUCGAUCUCGCCGUGCUGGUACCGAAGAACCCGAUGAAGGCAGGAAGUCAUCGCUUCUACUAAGAACCAGAAGAGCUGGUACUGAGGAGCCUGAUGAAGGCCGCAGAACAUCUCUAUUCGUCCGCAAUCGUAGAAACACAGUCGGCGAAGAGGGCGAGGAAGAAUCAAGGUUCCGAGCGCCUUCUCGAGCACCUACUGAGCUUGGCAGUACGAUUCGAGUUGUGACGCAGGAUCAAACGCCACAGCAGCAGCAGCAAUACUCACCGUCAGCUGAUACUACAUCUGCCAUCCCGCGCCGGCGCUUUGUUUCGUCGAACCUCGGUGUGUCUAGGCUGGCGACGCCAUCAGUUAACACAGCAACACCGCCUCGGAGAUACAUGGAGAGACCGGCACAGCAAGACCACGGUCAUAACGCUGUCGACAAACUUGCUGAAGAGCGUGCACAACGCUACACCUCUCUUGGGCAAACAACCAUGGUCAAUCGUACCAGCAGUAUGAUCAGAAGACCCAAACGGGACAGCAUUGCGUCCGCCAAUCCUUCUGCAGCUGCUGGCAGCUACAGAUGA